GAUGAGUUCACGCACACUGGCAGUGUGAGUAUGGGAACGCAAGGGUUAUGUUUCGGCGAGAUCUGUCAGAGAGAAAGUUCUUUUUUCCUCCAUCCAUGGUGUUCACGAUCUGUUAACUCGCACGAGACAGAGCAGGAAGACCAUGGACUAGGGUUGGAUGCUCGCCUGCGCCUGGCAAAGCAAGAAGGUUGUUGGGCUUGAAAGCACCGCCUCCACCACUAUACUGAGACAUCAGCAAGAGAAUCAAACCUUCAUCAUCUCCUCUCCUCCUUGGUUUCACUGACAAUUCAAGCUCACAGCCCUUUAUAAAGAGUGCGCUGGACAUUCAGCCCUCAUAAUCGGUCUCAGAUAUCACGUCCGCAGUGCUCGCCCAACUUCCAGCCCAUCGCCAUCCAACAGGCUUUGCCGCAUUUUUCAAACAUGGGCAAUUCAUUUCCAUUGGCAAAGAUGCGCUGCCUGCCCAUUCUUCUUGGAGCUUUUUGCAUACUCUUUGCUCCUGUAUACGGUCAGAACUCUUCAAUUGCGGGACCUGGAAGGAACGCUACGGUCGCUGGUCCUGGGGACACCCUUCCUGACUUCUUCCCUGACGCGGACCACCUACAAAAACAUUUGUAUAUUGACUAUGUUGACGCUGCUGAAGACCCCUGCUUGAUAAAUGAAGGAUGCUUGACGGGAAAUGGAACACGGAUGUUACUUCGAUUUCCAAGUAUGGUUCACAACAAUGGCACUGCAGACGCCUUUCUUGGAAAACCACCUGCCGACAGAGACGAUCCGAACAAUCCCCCAUAUUGGCACUGGGAUACAUGUCAUGAACAUUGGCAUUUCACCGCGUACGCAAAUUAUCGCCUCCUCAGCGCAGAUCGUUCCACCGUGAUUCUGAACGGACACAAAAACGGAUUUUGUCUCGAAGAUGUUGGCUGCGAUGAAGACGGUCUUGAACCGUUUUACAAUUGCACAAAUCAGGGAGUUACUAUGGGAUGCCAUGAUCUUUACGACGAGACGCUACCCUGCCAAUGGAUCGAUAUUACUGAUCUGCACCUUCAAGCUAACUAUACUCCCGAGACGGAAUAUACUCUUGAGAUUGUGAUCAACGAGGAGGGAUUCUUUCCCGAAAUGUCCACAGCAAAUAACGCCGCCUACUCUAGCGUCGUGAUUGGGAAUGUGCCACCAUACACUGGUCCAUCGCUCGCGGAAGUUCAAGCACCCAACGGACCCGGUUCUCGUGGGAAUAGAAGACCGAACAAUAACGAAUCCGAAGCUGGUAGCGGUGAUGCUGCUGGCACAGAAGACGGUAGAGGCAAUUCUAACGGGAUGCGAGGGGCGGGAAGUGGAGCUUCAGCCAGUAGGAACGCUGAAUCGGUUACCGCUGCUGCAAGCGCCUCUACCAGUGCGAGUGCCGCAAGUGCUACCAGUACCAUGUCUCCAAGCCGAGUCCGUCAUCGCCGCUGGUUGACAAAGUGGUGGUAAGAAGGGACAGCUCUCUUUUAUAGUGUUCACAUCGUUCCAAAGAACCGUGCAUGCAGCCUUCAUGCAUGUUUGGCAAUACUAUCGCUAGCAAUCUCGUUUUCUGCGUCUUCACUUUGUUUGUAAAUUCGAAAGUUGUCAAUAAAUUGUACAUGUUUUUGGUGUAAGA